AUGGCGGCGGCGCUGGGGCAGCAGUUUGCUGGACUGAGGUGCCCCCCUCUGUCGUCUUCCCCACUUGCGAAGCCCGUGCAGAGGAGCAGCCCCCUUCCCUGCAGGCCGCUCGUGGUGGCGCAGGCGGUGAACCUGAACACCAACGCGCUGCAGGCGAGGGAGAAGGUGCAGCUCAAGGAGCAGUUUGAGCAGGCCUACGACCGCUGCCGCACCGCCCCCAUGGAGGGCGUCUCCUUCUCCGUUGACGACUUCCUCAGCGCCCUCGAGAAGUACGACUUCGAUUCCGAAGUCGGCACCAAGGUCUGUCUUCCUCUGUACCCUAACUUUACUCACCACCCUAGGUUGCCCCCCUCGCUCUCCAGGCCCUCUCUUAGUGUGGGAAGGAGAUCGAGGAUAAUUCCGCGCAUUAUGUCCUUCGUCAUCUCUGCCACCGAACCAGGGAGGAAUAUAGACAGAUACAUGUGUGUGCGCUUGACCUGGCGAGGGGGGACAAGGGGGGGGGAUAAUUCCUCAAUGUGACAGAUCGGUGGAUGAGAACAGCCUCAGAUUGUGAUGCUCCUUUUAGGAUAAUAUAUUUCCUUUUAGCGUCCCCAGAGUUGUUGCUGUAAAUGAGAUCCUUCUGCUAUGCAAUUAAAAUUUCCCUACCUCAUCUUCUGUCUUUCUGAGAACAAUCUUUUAGAAAUAUUCAGAAUUAUUCACGUCACUCUCUAAAUAGCUUGUCCUACCUCCGCAUUCAUGAACUGCACUUUCUUGUUUACAUGGAUUUGAAAAAUCUCUGAUGAUCGGAGUCAUUCGCCCUGAAUUUUUGGAUUCUUCGGGUUGGUGAGCGUUAAUCUUAAAAUAGUUUGAUAUCGAUUUUGGCGCUUUGAAAUAUUUUGAAAUGAAAUUUGACGUCUAUGCCGAAGAUUACACGGAUGAUAAUCUAGAGUGGAACUGGAUUCAGGAAAGUCUUAAAUAAGAGCUCUUAAUCACCUGCCCUUUUGAGAGAGAGAGAUAGAGAGAGAGAGAGAGGGCUCUCUCCAAGGAUAUAUGCCAUGCUAAUGUAUUUCGAGCUACUAUUCUAGCCAUGCUCUAACCAUACGUUGACUGCCAUCAUACUAACCAGGAUGGUUUUUCUAUUAUUUACUUCGUCAUGUAUUCAAUAUCUUGGUGCAAAAUGUUUUGGGCUUCCAUAGGCAACUUUUUUCUAUUCCAUAAUUUUUUUCUUUUUCGGGUUCAUACUGAUGAAAUAAUUAUGUAAGCGCUGGAAAUAUCCAAUAAUUAGUAGUCCAAACAUGGCCAUCUGACGCCUUUUCUCACUAUUCAGGUUAAAGGAACUGUGUUCAUGGUGGACAUGAAUGGAGCGCUUGUUGACAUCACCGCCAAGUCUUCAGCUUACCUGCCUGCCCAGGAAGCAUGCAUCUACAGAGUCAAGCACGUAGCUGAAGCAGGCAUCUUUCCAGGUUUCCAGGAGGAAUUUGUGGUGAUUGGGGAGAACGAAGCAGAUGACAGCUUGAUUUUGAGCCUGCGUUCAAUCCAGUAUGAUCUUGCCUGGGAAAGAUGCCGGCAGCUGCAGGCUGAGGAUGUUGUUGUCAAGGGUAAGGUGGGAACAUAUUCGCUGAUUCUUCCUCUUCUUUGUUUUUCAUUCAAAUUUAGCGUUAUAAUUCUUAUCCGCUUACUUAUUAUCCGUACCAAUCAUGCUAAAUUUGCCCACUCGUAGAAUUAUUGACAAAUUUUUCUCUUUCUUUAUUAAUCUGUGCAUCAAGUACAGGAGGAUUACAAACCUUUAAUCUCCUUCUUCUUCCCCUGAUCUCUCUUAGACGAUUGGAGUGUGGGACGUCCUCUUUUAAUUUUUUUUAUUAUUUUUGAGAAUUUGAAGGAUGCUGUAUAGAAGAUGGUGUUUGACUGAUUAGUAUAGUGAUUCAUCAUAGAGCAUCAUUUGAGUGAUUGCUGCUGAAACUUGGGAAGGAAGAAAAUGAUUCUAUUGGUGAACAUAUCAAAAUGACCUGCCUACUUUGUUCGUUGAUCACCCUUUUUCCUUUUUUUAGUAAAAAGGCCUAGUCAAGGUUGCUUAUUUUGGAAAAUAUACCGCUGGUAAUUUCAGCACGGUCACUGGCCUCGAGAUUGCACAAAUUCUUAAUUAAUUGAGAAAUAAAUGUAGGACUAUUUAUUUAAUUUGUGAAAAUUGUGAUGGGCAUGGACGGAAUUCACAGUUUUGGAUGAAAUUUACUCCCAGGAAGAUGUCUUCUGUUAACGAUUUCUUCAAGUUGACUUCCCCCAUGUGGUGGACAAAGUGAAGUCUGACCAAAUGUUAACGACAGACAAAUCUUCUGUGACAUCCAUUCAGAAGCAGCGGUUUCAACUCUUUGUCAACAUUUCUCCGAUAGCUGAUUCGCGAUAGGAGAAUAAGGGAUCCAGCUUAUGACGUUUGAUCAUUUGGUUCUGAUAAUCAAAAUUUAUGAUAUUUGGCCCUGACAAUUCAAAAAGAAAAAAGCGACAUUUUGUGGAUUAACAUAUAAAUUUUUUUUAUUUUUUUUAUUUUGACAACCCGGGCUUGAUGUAUGCGUGUGCAGGUUAUUGGGGGUAACAAAGGAGGCAUCGUGGCCAUUGUGGAGGGCCUUCGCGGGUUUGUGCCCUUCUCCCAGAUAUCGACGGUGGGUUCCCUGGACUCGUCUUCCGCUGACUUUCUUUCUAUUAAAUCAAAGGCCCUGCGUCAAUGGUGGGAAGCUAGCUUGACCGGGAAGUCAAUGCUAUCUACCGGUCUCCACACCCUUUUGAUCAUUGAUUUGGCGAUCAGAAAUCCACCGCGGAGGAGCUCAUCAACCGGGAGCUGCCCCUGAAGUUUGUGGAGGUCGACGAGGAGCAGUCAAGGCUCGUGCUGAGCAACCGCAAGGCCAUGGCAGACAGCCAGGCCCAGCUUGGCAUCGGAUCGGUCGUGGUGGGGACGGUGCAGAGCCUGAAGCCAUAUGGCGCAUUCAUUGACAUCGGUGGGCUGACUGGGCUCCUCCACGUCAGCCAGAUCAGCCACGACCGGGUCUCAGACGUCUCCACUGUCCUCCAGCCUGGCGACACCCUCAAGGUAACUUGGAUUUACCCUUUUCCUCGGUGGAUAAUCUGUGGAGAAAUAAUAUAUUUUUUUUCCCAUGAGUAGGUGAUGAUUCUGAGCCACGAUCGUGAGAGAGGGCGCGUGAGCCUCUCGACGAAGAAGCUUGAGCCCACACCCGGCGACAUGAUCCGCAAUCCCAAGCUCGUCUUUGAGAAGGUAAUUUUAGUUAAUUCCCUCGAAACUCGUACUCACUCCCUCACUGAGGCAUGUUAUUAAUUAUUAUUAAAUAUUAUUAUUAUUGUGUUCUUCGUAGGCCGAUGAGAUGGCUCAGGCAUUCCGGCAGAGGAUUGCUCAGGCAGAAGCCAUGGCCCGUGCUGACAUGCUGAGAUUCCAGCCAGAGGUGAGCUAUGCUCUGCCAAACCUUAGCCUGAUGUUGGUGAGACUGUAGAACGGUAAAACCCAGAACCCUAAACCUUAAAAACUUCAACCUUCGGAGAAGUCAUCUUGCAGAGCCAGUCUUGAUCUGGCAAGGUCAGAUUCAAACCAGCUGAAUCUGGUAAAUCUGAGGAUCUGAUAUCUUAUCUGAUGAGUUGAAGGAUUGAAUAUCCAUUCAGAUAGAUGCCCUAAAGGAACCCUAGGAUCAUGAAAUCCAGGGAUCCAUCUCCUAUCUCCAGAAGAUUAGCCUAGAAGGAUCACUGGAUCUGAGGAUCUGAUCUCUGGAAGUUGUUCUUAUGCUUCUUUCCAUGUAUAUCAUGCAGAGUGGAUUGUCCCUGAGCUCGGACGGCAUCCUCAGCCCUCUCACCCCGGACUUGCCUGUUGAAGGCCUAGACUUGACCGACAUCCCCCCUGCUGAAGAAGUGUAG